AUGAGGUCAGCUUCCUGCGUCCUCUACAAGACAAUUACAAGGAUCAGGAACUCCUCCUCGAAGAUUCCCAGCGGACAAAGCCACCAAAACGUCACACCUCCUGCGCCUGCACUCGACAGAGAGAAGGAGACCUGCUUCAAUAGACUGUGGCGCCUCGGCUGGGAAUCCACCCAUGUGAUGACGUCACGGGGCUCUGACAAGCUGGUGGUGCCGGAAGAAAAGAUGGCGGAUCAUGAGGAGCAGCUAUCCGACGAGGAAAAGGUACGCAUAGCAGCUAACUUUGUCAUCCACGCCCCGCCAGGAGAGUUCAAUGAAGUUUUCAAUGAUGUGCGAUUACUGCUCAACAAUGACAAUCUUCUCAGGGAAGGUGCAGCGAAUGCAUUUGCACAGUACAACUUGGACCAGUUUACCCCGGUGAAAAUCGAGGGCUAUGAAGAACAGGUCUUAAUCACAGAGCAUGGUGACCUUGAGAACGGCCGGGUCCUGGACCCCAAGAACAAGAUCUCCUUCAAGUUCGACCACCUGAGGAAGGAGGCCAGCGACCCACGGCCCCACGACGUCGACAGCUCCAUAGAGGGCUGGAGGAGCGCUGUGGACUCAGCUGUCAGGGCCUACGUCAAGGAGCACUAUCCCAAUGGAGUCUGCACCAUUUACGGGAAAACCAUCGACGGACAUCAAACCAUCAUCGUGUGCAUCGAGUGCCAUCAGUUUCAACCAAAAAACUUCUGGAAUGGACGCUGGAGGUCAGAAUGGAAGUUCACCAUCUCCCCCUCGACCACUCAGGUGGCAGGAAUCAUGAAAAUCCAGGUUCAUUACUAUGAAGACGGCAACGUUCAGCUGGUGAGCCACAAAGAGGUUCAGGAGUCCAUGUCAGUCUCUAAUGAGGCUUCAACUGCAAAGGAGUUUGUUAAGAUCAUGGAGGCUGCAGAGAACGACUAUCAGACGGCCAUCAACGAGAAUUACCAGACCAUGUCGGACACUACCUUCAAAGCCUUACGCCGCCAGCUUCCUGUGACACGCACCAAGAUCGAUUGGAACAAGAUCCUGAGCUACAAGAUCGGCAAGGAGAUGCAGAAUGCUUAAAAACAGCGGAGAACAUAACAGACAACUCCCCACCCCCACCCCACCCCCUCCCAAACAAUGUUGCAUGACUGGAUAGUUGUAUCGUCUUUGUACAGAAAUUAGAGAAACUGGGACAAAGAAAGGUUUUGGUCUCACAGCCAGAUGUCACAUUACACAUUGGAUGUCGACUUUUAUUGAUGUUAUUUUGUUUUUAUACAGACACUGUUAACUCCUCUGUAUAUUCAAUCUAUGGUGAUAAUCGUAUUUGGGAAAAUAUAGCUUGAGGAAAUAUUACGAGACAUAGGAAAGGGGGCGAACACUUGUAUGCAAAAACAUCCUUAUAGAAUAUCACGUGUGCAAUAUUUAUUGUGUCAGUGAGACCACGCCUUUUAUUUGACCUGCUGAACAAAACAAAAAAAAAAACGGUUUGAAUUUGCGAUGAUGUGAAACAAAUCAACUUUGGGAGAAUUUUCUGUCGCGGUUACUAAAGAUAUUUGGCUGAAAGAAGCUUCACUUCACGGUUAACGUCCCGUAUGGUCAAGAGAAAAAAAAACCCCAACAGUUCUUUGUGUUCAUUGGAUGGUAUCUUUGGCACAAACAGUCACCACUGUCAGCAACUCAAUGUUCUUGUUCCCCCAUCUUGGUACUUCCCUCACCGUUCGUCCUGUACGUGAGAUCUCAAGCUCGCAGCGCUCCUGGCUAAAUUGCCUUUUUGACUUGACAUCGUCUGAACUCUCACUCAGCGUAGGGAGUUCCCUGACCACUUAACAAGCUUAAUUAACAAGUCAUCAGUCGCUAAGUAAUGUGCAUAAUGUCCAAUUUACAAUAAAAUCAAAACGUAUCACAUCCUCCUCCAGCGCUUAUUUUUAUUAAAAACAGAACCUGACUGUAUUAUAUAACAAGGCACAUUGUAAUAUAUACCUGUAUGAAACAUCCUGUCUGUCAGUUUGGUGAUUUAUUUCCAUGAGAUUAAUUGUAAUUCAGUCACAAUUAUGUUGCAUUAAAUGACAAAUUUUCUAUUUA